AACCUGCCCCGCGGCCGCCAAACGAACCCGGCUCCGCGCGACACUGCGUGCGCGCGCACGCAGUCCGGAGCGGCGCGUUUUACGGCAGCAGCGUGAGUGUGUGGCGCUAGUCCUGGGCCUGGGCUCGCACGUGGCGCUGCCGUUUGCAGUUGGUAGUUCUCUGAGCUGUCGCGGGCCCUGCCUUCCCGCCGCCAGUAUGAAGCGGCCGAAGUUAAAGAAAGCAAGUAAACGCAUGACCUGCCAUAAGCGGUAUAAAAUCCAAAAAAAGGUUCGAGAACACCAUAGGAAAUUGAGGAAGGAAGCUAAGAAACGGGGUCGCAAGAAGCCUAGGAAAGACCCAGGAGUUCCAAACAGUGCUCCCUUUAAGGAGGCUCUUCUUCGGGAAGCUGAGCUAAGAAAACAGCGGCUUGAAGAAUUAAAACAGCAGCAGAAACUUGACAGGCAGAAGGAACAGGAAAAGAAAAGAAAACUUGAAGCUAACCCUGGUGUUACACCAUCUAACUUGGAACCUGUGAAGGAGGAAUUUGGACGGUGUAAAGCUAAGAAAACUAAGUCCAUCAAACAGAGUCCGAAGAAGUUGUAUUGUCAGGAACUUAAAAAGGUGAUUGAAGCUUCGGAUGUCUUGCUGGAGGUGUUGGAUGCCAGAGAUCCUCUUGGUUGUAGGUGCCCCCAAGUAGAAGAGGCCAUUGUCCAGGGUGGACAAAAGAAACUGGUGCUUGUAUUAAAUAAAUCAGAUUUGGUGCCGAAGGAGAAUUUAGAAAACUGGCUUAAUUAUUUGAAGAAGGAAUUGCCAACAGUAGUGUUCAAAGCCUCCACAAAACUGAAGGACAAAGGGAAGAUGACCAAGGUAAGGAAGAAACGUGCUCCAUUCAAAAGUGAAGUCUGUGUUGGGAAAGAAGGCCUUUGGAAGCUUCUUGGAAGUUUUCAAGAGACUUACAGUAAAGCCAUUCAGGUUGGAGUAAUUGGUUUCCCAAAUGUGGGGAAAAGCAGCAUCAUCAACAGCUUAAAACAGGAACAGAUAUGUAACGUUGGUGUGUCCAUGGGACUUACAAGGAGUAUGCAGGUUGUCCCCCUGGACAAACAAAUCACAGUCCUAGAUAGCCCAAGUUUCAUCGUGUCUCCGGCUAACUCCGCCACUGCACUGGCUCUGAGAAGUCCAGCUAGUAUUGAAGCAGUAAAAGCAGUGGAGGCUGCGAGUGCCAUCCUGUCCCAGGCUGACACUCGACAGGUAGUACUGAGAUUUACUAUUCCAGACUUUAAGAAUUCUCUGGAGUUUUUUACUUCACUUGCUCAGAGAAGAGGACUGCAGCGAAAAGGUGGAGGCCCAAAUGUAGAAGGUGCUGCCAAGCUGCUGUGGUCUGAGUGGACAGGUGCCUCCUUGGGUUACUAUUGCCAUCCGCCUACAUCCUGGGCUCCUCCUCCACAUUUCACUGAGGGCAUCAUAACGGACAUGAACCGGGGCUUUAAUCUGGAGGAGCUGGAGAAGAACAAUACACGCAGCAUACAGGCCAUCAGGGGACCCCGUUUGGCCAGUAGCAUCCUUUUCCAGUCUUCAGGUCUGACAAAUGGAAUAAUAGAGGAAACAGACAUAGCCGAGGAGCUGCCAGAAGAGAGGAAGCGUGAGCAGCAGGACUGCAAGGACACUGGCCGCGGCGGGGAGAGCAGUGCUGAAGGAGCUGCUGAAAAGAGCUCAGAUGAGUCCCUGGCAGAAGAGGCCUGGGAGGCACUGCCUGGGGAGUCUCAAGCAGUUGAACAGCAUGCACAAUCUCAUGUUUUGGAUGCAAUGGCUGAAGAGGAAGAUGAUGCCUACGACUUCAGUGCAGACUAUAUAUGAAAGAACCUUGUCAUCUUACAAGGGUUUUUGGGUUUGUUUUGACAUUUUGAGCAGACUGUUAUGUGUGUGAUGUACCAGUUUGUUACGUUAUGACGUAAGCUGUGUAAAUUCUGUGAAUGUGUACCAUGAUAUAUUCAUUUCUAAAAAUCAGGCAAUUUCUGAACUCCAUAAAAAGAUAGUUCAUCUCA